GCUGCCGACCUGAACAAGCAGAUUGCAUCGCUAAGCGCAGCUUUCCAGGACUAUGUUGUCUGGGACCCCCUCACCUCCACCUGUCAUCGGCCUUCCUCCUGCUCCACUCCCAACCGUCAGCCCUCCUGGACCGAAGUGGUAAUCCGAGGGCGCAAGAGUGGCCCGGACGGGGCCCCAACUCCUCCCCUGGGCCUAUCCAACCAGUAUGCAGCGCUGUCUGGUGACAGUCCUGCUCCAUCAGCUGAUGCUCCUGCCAUUCCAGCUCGCUCCAAAGCGGACCGUUCCCAAAGUUUGACGCCUGCUGACACCGCUGCUCUACAGCCACUGGUGGAUCCCGCCACAGGAUCCUUACCCUACAUGCCCACUACCUCCGUCAGUCAACGGACGUGGGAAGGCGUGGCUGACUGAUGGGGGAGUAGUCUUUGCAGAGGCAUCCGUCAGCCAAUCAAAUCGCUUCCCGCUAACAACAACAAAGCCGGGUUCUUCCCGCUUCUUCCUGCUUGCUGUGUUGUCAUUGCAAGAUGGAUCCCGUUGUAGCAAGGAUGGUGUUAGUUCAGGUUGCUGGUGCUUUGGUCCACCGACGUGGAAAGCAAGUGCAUCAGCGUUGGUGGGUUCACCCUGUUCUCCGGACACGCAACCAGAGAGGGGAGUAUCACGCACUUGUGCAGGAGUUGCGUCUGGAUGCUCUCCUAUUCCAUCAAUAUUUUCGGAUGCCUCCGGACCACUUCGACGAGUUGCUUGGCAAGGUCGGUCCUCUCAUUACCGUGGCAGACACACGGUUUCGUUCUGCAAUUGGCCCUGCCGAGCGACUCGCCAUUUGCCUACGGUAUCUUGCCACUGGCGAUUCCUUUCACACGAUUGGCUUCAGCUAUCGUCUGGGCACUUCGUCAGUGUGUAGGAUAGUGCGGGAGGUAGCCAGUGCCAUCUGGACUGCUUUGGUGGAGGAGGAGAUGUCUGUUCCCACGAGGGCGGACUGGAGCACCAUGGCCGAGCAGUUUGAGUGGCGCUGGAACUUCCCCAACUGCAUCGGAGCGAUUGAUGGGAAGCAUGUUGUGAUACAAGCUCCAGUUAACUCUGGCUCCUUGUAUCACAAUUACAAGGGCACCUUCUCCCUGGUCCUCCUCGCCAUAGUGGACGCCGACUACCUGUUCCCGGUUGUGGAUGUUGGAGGCUACGGCAGGACGAGUGACAGCGGCUCCCUCCGUAACUCCGCGUUUGGGGAAGCUCUUCGCGAUGGCACCCUUGACCUCCCUCCCGCCCGUGUCAUCUCCGGCGCAGAGCAGCGGGGGCCACUUCCUCACGUGUUUGCGGGGGAUGAGGCGUUCCCACUCAUGACCCACCUGCUGCGGCCAUUCCCUGGACAACAUCACACUCUAGAGAAGCGAGUGUUCAACUACCGCCUCAGCCGGGCUCGUCUUGUAGUGGAAUGUGCCUUCGGAAUCUUGGCAUCUAGGUGGCGCAUGUACCGGCACCAGUGAUUGGCACCAGUCCUGUGGUAGCUGAGGUGUGUGUGAGGGCCACCUGUGUGCUGCACAACUUUCUUGAGAGGAAGAAGCUGCAGGGGAGAAGACACAGGGUGGAACCGAACAUCGAGCCAUCGACUGAUCCUGAAGCCCUGCGUGAUGCACCCAGGAUGGGCUCCAACAACGCCACCAGACUGACCAUCCAGAUGCGGGAGGCCUACUGUGCGUUCUUCAACGAGGAGGGUGCAGUGCCAUGGCAGCCAAGAGCCUAGCAACACAAAGGCUCUUCAACCAAACAGCUAUUUUAAGAGCUACCCAUAUCUUAAGAAAAGAAGCAUAUUCCAACUACACCUGCACCUUCCUAUACCUGCGUAUACAUUGUACAUUUGCUCAAGGUUAAGUUUUAAAAGUAACUGUAAUAAUGAUUGUUAAUGAUCUGGUUUUGUUUUUUCACAGAUGACCCGAGCCAGCUUUCAAGAAUCCCUAUUGUCUUCCUGCAAGUCUACUGAAUAAUUAUUAAUAUGCUAAUAUUAAUAUAACAUAAUUCCACUUCCAAAUUAUAAUGUAUUAUAAAAGGAACACAUCACAAUGAAAGUAAUUUUUUUAAUUAACAACACAAAGAACCGAACAACAAAACGACAGAAACACCAUAACUUAAAGAGCCCAUGCCAUUAAAAUCACAUUUUUCCAGUUGUUUGUUAAAUAACAUAGGUCUGAAUAAGUUUGUGAGCUGUGGUAAGUUUGAAAUCUAUGCAGUUUGUCUGCUGAAUGCAAUAGGCAAUGAAAGGAAAAAGGCAGAAGAAAUGAGCCGAUCUGGAUAAGGUGACACUGUGACGUAGCGUUGUCAAACUAUUAUUCAUGGCCCUGCCCACUUGGUUGGUUCGUAACCACCCACAAGAAUUCUGAAGGAGUCGUGAUUGAGCUAGUGCUAAAUGCUAAUACGUGUAUGGUAGUUGCUUAUUUCGUAGUAACAGGCUAGUUACAGAAUUUUGAAUGCAAUGGCAGAACGACAUCGAAGUACAUGAACUGCGACAUGCUGCCUGCCGCCGGUUGCCGCGGCGCGAGGCACCACCGCCGCGAAGC